AAAAUCUAACUGUGGUUGAUUGGGGGUAUAUCUAUCCGUGGAUGUUCUAUUUCAUUUACUUCGAACUUAGUGAAUAAGAUGAAAGGCAAUUUCCUAACUAAAGCAUUUCUCCUCUUCACAUUAAUUCCGGCAGUUGUUCCUAAUAAAUCUAGAACUGCUUUAGUCACUUUGUGUCCAAAAAAUCAGACUGAGGCAAAUAAUGCAUCAACGAAACUUGGAUGCGGUAAAGAUAAAUACGGAAACAAUCAGUAUUUGUGUCUUCCCAAUAAGGAAAAAACAUUUUUGGUUGAACUUUGUUUUGAUGGAGUAAUGGGAAUACAAGAUAAAGGAAUUUGUUUAGAAAUACAUGAAGGGAAGUUGAUUCAGCACCGCUGCCACUUUUUUUCUAAUGGAUGUCCUGAGACACAUUUUUUCGAUUAUGAGUUUUAUAAAUAUCCUGCAUGCCAAAACAUCAAUACAGAAUUCCACUGCUAUGUCUCGGAUCCGUUUUGUUCACUAAAACCACGUACAGAAGAAUCAUCCAGUCAUGGCGCCAUUGUUAAUGUAGUUAUUAGCGGCUUGGCAUUCUUAGUUCUCGUUGUCACCAUUUUCAUCUCCUGUUGGUGCUUGAGAAAAAAGAAUCAGAAUAAAAUUUUAAGGUCUCCUGCAAAAAGAAUUAAGGCUAUCAGAAUAGUCCUUCUUGGAAAGAAAGGAGCAGGGAAAAGUGCGACAGGAAAUACAAUCCUUGGGACGGAGUUCUUCGAAUCUUCGGCCAUAGAAUCAUCUACAAGUGAAUGUAUUCAAAAAAUAUCAGUUCGGUUAGGUCAUAAACUUGUGAUUGUGGACACUCCUGGAAUAUUUGAUUCUUCGCGUUCAAAUAAGCAGACUCAAGAAGAAAUUUGCAAAAGUAUUAACAUGACCUCUCCUGGACCUCACGCUUUCAUUCUAGUAUUUAGUAUUUCGAGGUUUACAGAAGAAGAUAAAAACUGUAUUGAACAUUUUGUCAAACAUUUUGGGGAAGAAAUGUAUAAAUUCAGUAUUAUUCUUUUUACUCGUGAAGAUGAAUUGCAAGAAAAGGAAAGCACUAUUAUGGAUUUCAUCGAAAAGUCUCCACCAGAACUUAAAAACCUUAUACAAAAAUGUGACCAAAGAUUCAUUGCCUUUAACAACAAAUUAAAAGACAAAACCCAAAAUCCACAAGCUGAAAAACUUUUAAAUAUGAUUUCAAUUAAUAUUAAACAAAACAAAGGGAGGUAUUAUACAGAAGAAAUGUACACGGCCGCCACAAAAAUUCUGAAAGAAAGGAAAACGAAAAUAUAUUCUAAAACAACAGAUGGCCGCCUAAAAGUACGACAAGAAAAAGGAAGAAGAAUUACAGCUCACCUUGACCUGAAUAAGAACGAUGGGGAAGAUAUAAAACUAGUAGAAAAUGUUAAAUAGAAAAAAAAAACAGGAAAAGAAUGAUAAAUGUAACAGGAGGAAGAAAGGGUAAAAAAAAAUCCGAACUACUUAGAUCCUUUUCUGGAAUUCGUUUAUUUUGAAAUGGAGUUAAAUUUAUUUUAUUAAAUAUGUUUGAUUGGACUUUUUGUGAUUGUUUUAGUACAAGUCAAGAUGUUGAUUAAGCUUCAUUAGUAUAAUAAAUUCAUAAUUUAGAUAAUCCGUGAAUUUCGAUGGUUUUGCGUUUUGGGCAUGUUAAACAACAUGCAUAUCACUUUGAGUAUCAGUGUUUGUUCUCUUAGCUCAUGACAUCUGA